AUGCACUAUGCUUCGGUGAUCACGCUUGUUUCCCUAUUGUCAUGUGUCCGAGGACAGCUCCUGGACAUCCCGGCCGUGGAUGAGCUCGUCAAAUCUGCCUUGAAGCCCCUAGCAGACUGGACAGACUAUGAUGGCCCUACUGGAACUGCCUCAUCCGAGCUGAGCAAAAGCACCGAUACCGAUUACGCCAACAUUGCCAUUGAAGCAGCAGCAACAGACGCGUCGUAUUGGCUUGCCGAUAUUUCUCACCAGGGCAAGGCUGCUUUCAACUCAAACCCUUCCAGCUACACUGUUUUCCGCAAUGUCAUGGACUAUGGUGCCAAAGGCGACGGAGUGACUGAUGAUACUGCUGCAAUCAAUUCUGCAAUCAGCGCUGGCGGUCGUUUUGGGCCCGCGAGUCGCGAGAGCUCGACCACAACUCCCGCUAUUGUUUACUUCCCGGCGGGAACGUACCUGAUUUCUUCAUCCAUCAUCGACUACUACUUCACUCAGCUGAUUGGGAACCCAAAUUCCAUGCCCGUAAUCAAGGCAACUGCCGGUUUUAGUGGACUUGGGUUGAUCGAUGGAGACCAAUACCAAAGCGAUGGCAAUCAAGGAUGGACUUCAACGAACGUCUUCUUCAGACAGAUCCGCAAUUUGAAACUGGAUCUGACCAAUAUUCCCGCGAGCUCAGCUGCCACUGGAAUUCAUUGGCCAACUGGACAGGCGACCAGUAUCCAGAAUGUGGAUAUCGUUCUGAGCUCUGGUUCCGGGACCCAACACCAAGGCCUAUUCAUUGAGAAUGGCUCUGGUGGAUUCUUGGCUGAUAUCACGAUCACCGGCGGCCUGUAUGGUGCCAAUGUCGGCAAUCAACAAUUCACUAUGCGCAACUUGGUAAUUUCGGACGCAGUGACGGGUAUCUCUCAAAUCUGGGAUUGGGGCUGGACCUACCAGGGCCUCACUAUCACGAACUGUACUACUGCCAUUUCAGUUAAUAAUGGCGGUGUUGGGAAUCAACUCGUGGGAUCAGUCGUUGUUCUUGACAGUACCAUUCAGGAUUGUUCGACCUUUGUGACUAGUGCUUGGCAGUCUUCAACCUCAAGCAACGGAAGUCUUAUUCUGGAGAAUAUUGCUCUUGAGAAUGUCCCAGUCGCAGUAAAGGGUCCGAGUGGUACUGUCCUUGCUGGCGGCACCACAACAAUCGGUGCUUGGGGACAGGGCCAUAAGUAUACUCCUAACGGACCUACCAACUUUCAAGGUACUUUCACUGCGCCAACACGCCCUAGCGCACUGCUGGCAAGUGGAUCGUCAAACUACUAUACAAAGAGCAAGCCUCAGUACGAAGCAUCCGCUCAGUCAUUGUUCGUCAGUAUUCGAAGUGCCGGAGCUGCUGGAGAUGGCUCCACAGAUGAUACAUCUGCCAUUCAAUCAGCUUUGACCUCGGCUGCAUCUUCUGGCAAGAUUGUCUUCUUCGACCAAGGAACCUACAAGGUCACAAAGACUAUAUACUUCCCUCCUGGAUCGCGGAUUGUUGGAGAAGCAUACCCGGUGAUCAUGGCAAGUGGAAGUACUUUCUCAAGCAUCUCGAAUCCCGUUCCGGUUAUUCAAGUUGGAAAAUCCGGCGAAUCAGGCUCAGUUGAGUGGUCUGAUAUGAUUGUCAGUACGCAAGGAUCUACUCCUGGCGCCGUUUUGAUCGAAUGGAACUUGGCUGCAAGCUCGGGCUCCGGCAUGUGGGAUGUUCACGCUCGCAUUGGUGGUUUCGCCGGCUCUCAGCAGCAGGUGGCUCAGUGCCCAACCUCUGCGGCUGUGUCUGCCGCUUGCGAGGUUGCCUACAUGUCUAUGCACAUAACUAGUAGCGCCAGUGGGGUGUAUUUAGACAACGUCUGGCUGUGGACGGCAGACCAUGACCUUGACAGUGCUGAUAAUACUCAGAUCUCCGUCUACUCCGGAAGAGGUCUGCUGGUUGAAGGCCAAAACAUAUGGCUGUACGGAACGGGUGUUGAGCACCACUCGCUCUACCAGUAUCAAUUCUCAGGAGCCAAGUCAGUUGUGGCAGGAUUUAUCCAAACAGAAACACCAUACUACCAACCCAACCCCGAUGCGGCAAAUAGCCCUUACCCUACCAACUCCGCUUUGAAUGAUCCAGAUUACAGCAGCUGUCUCUCCGGAAACUGCGACUCCUUAGGACUCCGUGUCCUCGAUAGCAGUAAUAUUAACAUCUACGGAGCAGGAUUGUACAGUUUCUUCAACCACUAUAGCACCACUUGCUCGACCUUCCCGUUACCCGAGAACUGCCAAAGCGAAAUCUUUAGCAUCGAAGGUAGCACGAACAAUUUGGUGGUAUAUGCACUGAGUACGGUUGGCACGACUAACAUGAUAGUCAAGGAUGGGACUUCUUUGGCUGUUGUCGGUGACAAUUUGGACACAUACGCUGCGACUAUUGCGUACUUUACUUUGUAA